AUGAACAUAAGACUACAACCGUACAUCUCCAUUGCUUUGGUUUCUAUGCCAAAGUUUUCAUCACCUGGUUCAUCACUAUAUCUGCUUUCAUCAUUCGUCCGUCCGUCCGUAGUUGAAACGAUGCUUCUCAGUUGUAUAUGUAUGCAUAUAUAUCAUGGGCGAAAUGCAGAUCGUCCUAUUGUUUUUGAUGUGGGUCCAUUUGAUGCCUGUCUCCUCGUUUCCCGGCCUGGCCCGUCGCUGUCUGUCUGUCUGUCUGCCUGCCUGCCUGUCUAUCGCAUUGUCCAGUCUACUGCAACCAGGAAAACAAUCAUU